CCUCUACAAGAAUAAUAUUUAUGCCAACAACAUGAAGGCCCACAAACUUUAAAGUCCUGAUUACAUCGUCACAAACAUGGCAAUAUGGCGUAAAAGCGUCAAAAGUGGAAACAGAGAGAGAAGGAAAUAAUUUUCUAUCCUGUACAAUAUUCCUUGAUAUCUUCUGUCCGUCACGGUCGCAGGGAUUCAGUGAAUACCCCACGUAAAAAAAAACAUAUUCUCUCUGGAACAAUUAAUUAACUAUUUCUCAUUCACCGUCUUUCAGCAAUUUAAAAGUAUGUAUCAGGUAUGUAUUGAGAGCCUGAUGUGAGCUGAAUGCGUAGGUAAUACGUUUCGUUCGUAAUGUCCGUAUUGACACACUAAGCAUUCCAUGAACAUUCGCUGAUCAGAGCAUGAUUAGUGGCUUUUCAUAUAAAUGUAUCUGAUUCAAAUGGACAAAACUGAAAUACUGUAUUAGUUGAUAUAAAUGUUGACGCUUGUUAGAAAGUGUCAAAAAGACAGAAAAUGACACAAGAUUAAUUUUAAGUGUCAAGAAAUCUUAAUAAUGAAGAUGUACUCACGGGUUCUCAAAGUGGUACUGAUUUUGCUGAUUGCGCUGUUCAAUGAGGGGUUAUCUUCAGAAGACAUAAUUUCUAGUAUAGUUCCUACUGAUAACCCUUUCGGUUAUGGUAUUUCUGGUGUUGAAAACAAAUCACCAUCUUCUAAUAAUAUUCUUGUGUCAGGAGAUGCAAAAGAUUUGAAUUCUAAGGAUGACAGAGAACUGUCAAUUGAAGAUAAUGAUCAAACUUUGGAAGGUGAAGUAGUUUCUGCAACUGAUCACUUGGAGGAAACCUUUGGCACUGAAGAUUCAUUGAACAAUUCGUCAAUUAAUUCUAGUAAUAGUACAGACAUUGCUGAAGAAAAGGGAAAUAUAACAAGUAUAGUUGCUUGCAAUACUGAGAAAGAAAAUGGAGGACAACCUGUUGAGCUUGUGAAUUCUACAAGACUCGUCAGCAUUUUGAUAACUGAAUCAAAUGUGACUGAUAGGCGAACAAAUGCUGACUGCGCACUUGUCCUCUUUUAUGCACGAUAUUGCCCCUUCAGCAGUAUGGCUGCUCCUCAUUUCAAUGCUCUUCCUCGGGCAUUCCCAGAUAUAAAACUUGCUGCUGUUGAUGCAAUGAAAUAUCACAGUUUUAACACUCAGUAUGGAAUAGUUGGAGUUCCAACACUUAUGCUUUUCCAUAAUGGGCGACCUGCAGCUAAAUUCAAUGAUUCUGAAUAUAACUUAGAAGCUUUUGCUAAAUUUAUAACCAAAUACACAGGUCUGCAACCCCAUGAUAAAUUGUAUGUCACAUCAGCAGAUUUUGGUGGUCCUGUUUCUAGUGUGCCCACGAAGGAGACAGACUAUUGCUUAAUUCUUUCUUGGGCCUUCAUGUUCGUUUGUGGCCUGUACUUUUUUAGCAAGUCAUCAUGGUGGCGAUGGAUUAGUGAAGCUAUUCAGAAUACAUGGCGUGAAGCUGAAGCACAACAUGAACAUGGAGACUGAAAUUAUGAUUGUUAAUUUAUUGUUAGAUCUGAGUAAAUGAUUGUGAGGAGUGUAGUUUAAAAAUGUGUAAAAAUAAUAUUCACUGCUGGUGUAAAUUGAACUACAUCAUCCAUACAGGAAAUGUACUCUUAACACCUCCAAAAAUGACAUUACCAAUUUUAGAGAAUUAUUAAAUGUGAAUUUAAAUUGAGGUAUUUGUAUAUAAUGCUGAGUACCUUUGUUCUGAUUUUACCAUCAUUUGAACAUUUGUUAUACCAGUAAAUUUCAGUUGUUUUUUGGUUGGUUGUACUAGGCUUUUAUUUUGUUUUGUUGCCUGACAAAUAUUUGUUACAAUAAAUUUGUGUAUAUCAUUGUUGCACAUGUAAAAAUGGUUUAAAAUAUUAAAAUAUUAUUAUUAUUAUUAUUAUUAUGGAUUCUAAUUAUUAAGCAAAUAAAAUCUAAAUAAAAUACUCAAUUAUACAAACAAUAUAUACUAA